CCACACUCCACAAUGCAUAGGUUCGACAGCAGGCGAGUGCAGGGCGCGGCCAGCGCGGCGAGAAUUCUCGCUCUACUUCUCAUCAUAUGCCUCGCCGGGUGUGCGACAGAACAGAGAAUUAACAGAAUAGGUAGCAAGUCGGCGGGACUCUAUGAGAAAGUCAACGGGUGGCGAAGUCAACGCGGAGGAUCGUGUCUAAGUUACGGACAUUCGUGUUGGGGAGCGCACGGCAAGCGGUCUGCCAAGCCCCCCACCACUGCCCCCGACUGGUACCUCACCCGUCUGCUUAGGCACAUGGCUGUCAACGCUGAAAUGAACCGCGCCCGACAGGAGCCAACGAACGACGGCAUCAGCGCCAUCUUCCAGAUGGACGUGCCAGACGACUCGCAACCCAACAGACUUAUGAAUAUAAACGAAGACCCCACAGACGUGGGCCCCGUGAAGCAUGAAGCUAUUCCGAUGUUGGACGACGACCUUCUCUCUAAGAUGAAACUCUGGAAGAUCAUGAGGAACGCGGCCGACGAGAAAUGAAUAGAAAACUACAAAAAAACAAAUGGACUGAUGUUGUUUUCUAGCUUCAUUUGAUUGUUUCAUAUUGUUACUGUCUAUAGCCCCAAUACUCUGGUAAUGGAACAUUGUUGUACUGUAAAAUAAGAGUAGCGUCAAUUGUAAGGCUGGGUUGCAAUUGACAUUAUGUACAUAAAUAAAGGUGAUGUGCCAUUCUGAAUAAAGUAAAUUUUAAAAAGGAAGCUGGUU